AUGGAAUCAAUUGAUAAGAAUUCUUGCUCGAGCUCCGGGAACGCACAACCCCGAUCUGGACAAGUUCGGCUGGCCCCUCCAGGGCCAGACGCCAAAUGGGAUCCGACCCCUCUCUCAGCUGACGAUGAGGACGAGGAGCCGAAAUGGACCGAGUUACAGCUGGCAUCUCGAAAUGGAGAUCUGGGACGCGUAAACGAGAUUUUGUCUGCGUGUGAUAGUAUCGCCCGCACGCUUGAGGUUGUAAACCAUCCUCCAAUGGGGUAUUACGGACAGACGGCGUUGCAGGCGGCCUCAAUGCGCGGUCAUCACCUUGUUGCACAAGCAUUGCUGGGAGCAGGGGCCGAUGUCAAUGCUCCGGGAGGGAACAACAUCUACCGCAAUGCUUUGGAGCUUGCUUGCGGCACAGGAAAUGUACCUCUUAUCCGUCUUUUGCUUGAAGCUGGCGGGAUCGUCAAUCCCAAACACGUCACGAGGUACCAAGGCCGCACACCUAUCCAAGCCGCGGCCGAAAGUGGACAUGAGGAAGUUGUGUUAAUUCUUCUGGAUCUCGGUGCCAAUGUCAACGCGCCUGCAUCGCCAAGCUCCGGUGUCACAGCAUUACAGGCGGCAUGUUUCCAGGGACACGUCGACCUGGUAAGGCUGCUGAUCUCGAGAGGGGCAGAUGUCAACAGCCCACCGGGAAAGUCCAAUGGUCACACUGCGCUACAAGGAGCUUGUCUGGCCGGGGAAGAAGAUAUUGUCAACUUGCUGCUUGAUAAUGGUGCCGACGUCAACGCCGCUGGGAGUCAGCAUCACGGAGGAACAGCCUUACAUGCGGCGGUCUCUCAAGGUCACAUUAAGCUUGUUAACAUUCUAUUAUCUGGCAAUGCCAACCCUAACAGCAAAGCAGGCCAUCGAGGACAAACGCCCAUUCAAAGUGCAAAUUUGAUAGGGAGACAGGACAUCGUGCAUAUCUUGAACGCUGCUGGCGCCAUUGGGCCCCUGACAGGCGGCAGAAUCUUAUUCGGCAAUAACAGGAUUAGAACAUGGUUCCAAGAUGAUGAUGGGGCUUGA